UUUUCUGCCUCUCCUUGACGCCAUCCGGCAGCGACCCCGCUGGGGCCGGGAGGCAUGCGGGCGGCUCCUCAGUCGGGCUGGGGCUGAGGGGAGAGGGUUGGGGGAGACGCCGAGUUGAAAAGAGCGGGUAGGGACGGCCGAACAUGGCGGACCAGAUCCCUCUGUACCCGGUGCGCAGCGCUACGGCGGCGGCCGCAGUCAGCCACAAACGCGCGGCCUACUACAGCGCCGAGGGGCCCGGGCCGGGGGCCGACCGGCGCGGAAGGUACCAGCUGGAGGAUGAGCCUGCUCAUUUGGAUGAAAUGCCACUGAUGAUGUCUGAAGAAGGUUUUGAGAAUGAUGAAAGUGAUUACCACACAUUACCACGAGCUAGGAUAACACGAAGGAAAAGAGGACUGGAGUGGUUUGUCUGUGGUGGAUGGAAGUACUUCUGUAUCAGUUGCUGCGAUUGGCUGAUAAAUAUUUGUCAAAGAAAGAAAGAACUGAAAGCGCGCACAGUGUGGCUUGGAUGUCCUGAGAAGUGUGAAGAGAAACAUCCCAGGAAUUCAAUCAAAAAUCAAAAAUACAACAUAUUUACCUUUAUACCUGGGGUUUUGUAUGAACAAUUCAAGUUUUUCUUGAAUCUCUAUUUUCUGGUAGUAUCCUGUUCACAGUUUGUACCUGCGUUGAAAAUAGGCUACCUCUACACCUACUGGGCUCCUCUGGGAUUUGUUCUGGCAGUUACUAUCACACGUGAAGCAAUUGAUGAAUUUCGGCGUUUUCAGCGAGAUAAAGAAGUGAAUUCACAACUUUAUAGCAAGCUUACAGUAAGAGGUAAAAUGCAAGUUAAGAGUUCAGACAUACAAGUUGGAGACCUCAUCAUAGUGGAAAAGAAUCAAAGAAUUCCAUCAGACAUGGUGUUUCUCAGAACUUCAGAGAAAGCAGGUUCAUGUUUUAUUCGAACAGACCAGCUUGAUGGUGAGACUGACUGGAAGUUAAAGGUGGCAGUGAGCUGCACACAACGGCUGCCAGCUCUGGGGGACCUUUUUUCUAUCAGUGCUUAUGUUUAUGCUCAGAAGCCACAAUUGGAUAUUCAUAGUUUUGAAGGAACAUUUACCAGGGAAGACAGUGACCCUCCUGUUCAUGAAAGCCUCAGCAUAGAAAACACACUGUGGGCAAGCACCGUUGUUGCAUCAGGUACUGUAAUAGGUGUUGUCAUUUAUACUGGAAAAGAGACUCGAAGUGUAAUGAACACAUCCAAUCCAAAAAAUAAGGUUGGUUUGUUGGACCUCGAGCUCAAUCAGCUGACAAAAGCUCUAUUUCUGGCUUUAGUUGUUCUUUCUGUUGUUAUGGUAACGUUACAGGGAUUUGCAGGUCCAUGGUACCGCAAUCUUUUCCGAUUCCUUCUUCUGUUUUCCUACAUCAUUCCCAUAAGUUUGCGUGUAAACUUGGACAUGGGCAAAGCAGCAUAUGGAUGGAUGAUCAUGAAAGAUGAGAACAUUCCUGGUACAGUUGUUCGGACCAGCACCAUACCAGAGGAACUGGGCCGCCUGGUAUACUUACUGACAGACAAAACAGGAACUCUUACCCAGAAUGAGAUGAUAUUUAAGCGGCUCCAUCUGGGCACUGUUUCCUAUGGAACUGACACAAUGGAUGAGAUUCAGAACCAUCUCCUGAAUUCCUACUUACAGAUUCAUACUCAAGCAAGUGGAAACAACUCCAGUUCUACACCACCAAGAAGAGCCCAAUCUUUAGCUCCCAAAGUUAGGAAAAGUGUCAGCAGUCGGAUCCAUGAAGCAGUGAAAGCCAUUGCUCUUUGUCAUAAUGUGACCCCUGUAUAUGAGGCUCGGGCUGGCAUCACUGGGGAAACUGAAUUUGCUGAAGCAGACCAAGACUUCAGUGACGAGAACCGCACCUACCAAGCAUCCAGCCCUGAUGAGGUUGCACUGGUGCGGUGGACAGAGAGCAUUGGGCUCACUCUGGUCAGCAGGGACCUCACGUCUAUGCAGCUGAAGACUCCUGGUGGCCAAGUUCUGACCUACUGCAUCCUGCAGAUGUUCCCCUUCACUUCUGAGAGCAAGCGGAUGGGCAUCAUUGUCAAAGAUGAGUCUACAGCAGAAAUCACAUUUUAUAUGAAAGGUGCUGAUGUUGCUAUGUCCACCAUUGUCCAGUACAACGAUUGGCUGGAAGAAGAGUGUGGAAACAUGGCACGAGAAGGGCUCCGGACUCUUGUGGUGGCAAAGAGGGCACUGACAGAAGAGCAAUACCAGGACUUCGAGAGCCGAUAUAGUCAAGCCAAACUUAGCAUCCAUGACCGGACCCUGAAGGUGGCCGCAGUGGUGGAGAGCCUGGAGAGGGAGAUGGAGCUGCUGUGCCUCACUGGGGUGGAGGAUCAGCUGCAGGCUGAUGUGAGGCCCACGCUGGAGAUGCUGCGGAAUGCUGGGAUCAAGAUAUGGAUGCUAACAGGUGAUAAACUCGAGACGGCUACUUGCAUUGCAAAAAGUUCACAUUUGGUGUCUAGGACACAAGACAUUCAUAUUUUCAGACCAGAGGUAACAAGUCGAGGGGAGGCCCAUUUGGAGCUGAAUGCAUUUAGAAGAAAGCAUGAUUGUGCACUGGUCAUAUCUGGGGACUCCCUAGAGGUCUGUCUGAAGUACUACGAGCAUGAGCUUGUGGAGCUGGCCUGCCAAUGCCCCGCCGUGGUGUGCUGCCGCUGCUCGCCCACCCAGAAGGCCCACAUUGUCACACUGCUGCGACAGCAUACCGGGAAGCGCACCUGUGCUAUCGGUGAUGGAGGAAAUGAUGUGAGCAUGAUUCAGGCAGCAGACUGUGGGAUUGGCAUUGAAGGAAAGGAGGGGAAGCAGGCCUCACUGGCAGCAGACUUUUCCAUCACACAGUUCAGACACAUCGGCAGGCUGCUUAUGGUGCACGGGCGGAACAGCUAUAAGAGGUCUGCAGCUCUCGGCCAGUUUGUCAUGCACCGGGGUCUCAUUAUCUCCACCAUGCAGGCUGUAUUUUCUUCAGUGUUCUACUUUGCAUCUGUCCCCCUGUACCAGGGAUUCCUCAUGGUGGGGUAUGCAACUAUCUACACCAUGUUCCCAGUGUUCUCUUUAGUGUUGGACCAAGAUGUGAAGCCAGAAAUGGCAAUUCUGUACCCGGAGCUGUACAAGGACCUCACCAAGGGAAGAUCCUUAUCCUUCAAGACUUUCCUCAUCUGGGUUCUAAUCAGCAUGUACCAAGGAGGCAUCCUCAUGUAUGGAGCCCUAGUGCUCUUUGAGUCAGAGUUCGUCCACGUCGUGGCCAUCUCCUUCACAGCACUGAUCCUGACUGAGCUGCUCAUGGUGGCGUUGACCAUCAGGACAUGGCACUGGCUGAUGGUUGUGGCGGAGUUCCUUAGUCUAGGCUGCUAUGUGGCCUCACUCGCAUUUCUAAACGAAUAUUUUGGUAUAGGCAGAGUAUCUUUUGGCGCUUUCUUAGAUGUUACCUUCAUCACAACCGUGACCUUCUUGUGGAAAGUGUCGGCGAUCACUGUGGUCAGCUGCCUUCCCCUCUACAUCCUCAAGUACUUGAAGCGCAAGCUUUCUCCUCCCAGCUACUCCAAGCUGACCUCCUGAGGACCAGCACCUACUGCAGGACUGGACUGGUCCCUCUGGCAUCUCCAGAGAGCACAGCGUCUGCACCUUGUUCCUGAGGGAGGACCUGAGGCUGGGUAGAGACCCUCCUGCAAUAAACAGCAUGGGAGACAGGGUGCUCUGUCAGGGCCAGAGGUCCGCCCACACCCAAGCUUUUCUAUCCAGUGUCCGUGCUGAAGCAGUGUGAGCUUCCACCAAAAAGGAGUCUUAAUUCUUUCACUUCUGCUGUGAGGGAUUUGUCAUUCUGAGAAUUGUUUCCAGCAUCCAUAGUCUUCCUUUGAUGGUGUCAUACAGAAAGCCAUUCCUACUUGAACAAUAAAGUCUAGACACUGGAGAUGCCUCAUCUGCACAUGCCACUGCCCUCAUCAAUGGUGGCCUCCAUGUCCAUCCCUAUGAUCCUGCUGCUCUCUUCUUUAGAUGCCCAUCUUGCUUUCCUGUGGACAGUCACACAGUCAUGACUUCUCACCUAGAGUUUGCUCUUCACGUGCAAGCCCAAGUGACCAAAUGGUAACAUUUCUGGACAUAAUUCCAUUGCAGCUACAAAUGUAAAUCACUCCUCAAAGGCACUGAUGUUAGGGAAUAUGUUUUUUAAAUUCUCAUCGUUUUAUAUUUGUAUAAAUCACAGCCCAAAACAGUUUCUCUAUGUAGAAAUCAGUUGCCUGUGAAACACAUCACCGAAGAUGCUUCACUUGCUGUGUUAACAGAUGUCCUUAGUUUGCAUGGUUAUCAACAUGCACAGCACACAUAGGUGAUGUUAGGGUAGAAAGGCCAGGCUGAGCUGAGGGUGUCUGUGAACAGGUUCCUUGGUUGGACAGGCUGGGAGUCUUCGAGGCCAGGGUUAUUUUCUCUCUUGUUCAUGCUGUGGGGUAUGGCUCAGCUGAGUGUGGCAUGAGCUAUCCUCAGAACUUCUCAGCAAGCCCUUCAAUGAGGAGCUGGUCAGACGCCGGCCUCUGGCUUAAAAGAGAGCCUUUCACAUAAUCUGAAGCAGGCUGUUGCAGGCCUCUUUGCCCUGAGUUUAUGUGACCCUGUUCUUUGGCUUGAUUGCCCAUUGAAUGUGGUCCCCGUCACCCCAGAACCCCUGGAGAAGGCCAAGCAGUGUGAGUAGAGAGCCAGGGGGAUUCCCUUGACAAGCCAUGGGUCUGGCACCACUGUCCACCCAGGCUCCCAUCAGCUGCUGCCUUUCAAAGGAGAAAUGCAUCAGCUGCAAUAAAGCUUCAUUUCUUCCCACACGAUUUUCGGUGCCUUUUGACUUGAAUGCCUUUAGCAGAUUAUCUUUGCAAUGUUUGAGCAUUCCCAGUUCCCAGACACACGACCAGAGAGCGCUGUUUCUCAUAUUCUCCACAAGGUGUCAGUAUUUUUUGUCAGUUCUUCCAGGAACCUUUGGCUAUAUGGGGUCACCGGGCUGUUUUCUCUGUGAGCUGAACUAAAAAACUAGAAAUCACUAACUGGCUUGAUGGAUUUGGAUUUCAUGGAGGUGUCCUCAUCACUUCUUUUGGCAUAGUUUGAAUUAAGGGUAUUAGAUUCACAGAAUCCAACAGUUGCAAGUUGCCAACAGUUCACAAGAUGAGGCCACAUUAUAUUACUUAAGGCUUCAGAGUACAGAAUACCAAGUGUUUAUCAGACAUGCCCCACUGUGCUUUUUAAAAAUAAAGCAGCCACAGGAAGUUGACCCAGCACUGGAGGGGCUGAGGCAUGAGGAUCACCACAAAUUCAAGGCCAGCCUGACUACAUAGUGAGUUCAGGACUAGCCUUAACUACACAAGGAGAUCCUGUCUCAAAAAAAUAACUUUGACAUGAUCAUAGUAAGUUGUAGACAGUCUCAGAAAAACUCCCACUAACCACAACUUGAAAAUAUAGAAGCUCUCAUGAGCCUUAGAUUAGUUGGAUACAAAUUAGGAGAAAGAUAUCAGUCUCCAGAAGGUAAGAUGUGCAGAGUCCAAGUUAGAGACUGCAAGAAGCCAACAUGGUGCUCAUCUGUGAUGCAAAAAUAAACUCCACCACAGGAUGCCACUGUUCGGGUCAAGUGAGGCAAUGUAUGGCAAAGAAGCUCCGAACAGAUGCUUCGCACACAGCAAGUGACUCAAAAGGCAUCUGUAAUGUUCGUGUUUUGCUAGAUUGAAGAAAAUAACCUAAUAUAGGAUCAUUGAAUCCAGUGCAGCCCAGGUUUAUGAAUGGCCUCAAAAGAAGGGAAUAGUACCCUAGAAUUGGACAAGGAGAGCCACCACAUAGGACAGUCAUGCAUUCUCCCUGGCUUGUGAAGCAACCUCAGUGUGUUAAUACCUCGAAGCUCUGUCAGCUCAGAAGUUCUUCUGACGGCUGGUCUGCUUGUGUUCUCUGCCCAGCCACCAAAGGGCUUCAGGAGAACUGCUUCUCAGCACUGGUGUCCAGGAAGAGCAUUUGGACCAUCCAGUAGUCAACUUUGACCCUUCCUGUUCAUUGGAAGCUCUGUGAGAGAGGAGACCACUCUUCUAUUCAGCGCUUUAGUCACAGGUGUCCCCUGGGUGUCCAGUGCAUGUAGGGACAUCACAGACACAGUCCUGCCUGUGAGACAAGCUGGGUGACAUGGAGAUGAGUGCAUAGGAAACUGGCAGAAUCAACAACCCAGGGAAGACUCCUCAGAGAGGUAGGAUGGAAGCUGAUAGCAAAAAACUAAGGAAUUCGUCAUGCAGAGGUGAGAGUGCAGAUGGGAUAUGGUGGGGCAGAGUGCCACAUGGUGAGGCAGCAACUAGGUGAUACAGGUGAGAGGGGCAGGUCAGUGAAUGGAUGGAGAGAUGCAUAGAUGGGUAGAUAGGUGUGUGGAUGGGUGGUCAGAUGGGUAGAUGACUUGCUGUUCUCCAUCACCUCAUGCUAUUCCAGGGUAGUGACCAUCGUGCCUUUUCUUGCAAUAUUUCUGAAUCAGAGGCUCCAUUGUUCCUAUACCCCUAUGAAGCCAGAACAGACUGCGCAAGUGGCCAUUUCCUCUUCCUUCCUGUACUUGUUAGAACCCAACAAGGAAACUAGAGUAGAAAGCCCUUCUGGAACAGUAAUAGGCAGGUCUAGUCCCCACCCGGCUAUUGCUUCACCUCUGCGGCUCGGGGGACUGUCUGCACGCGCAGCAUCAGAGCAUCCUGUCCACGUUGUCAUCUGUGGGAAAUAGGUGAAGAUCACUUCUGUAAGUACCCUGAAUGCUUCAGCCAGAGGCAGAAUGUCAGCCUGGAUAAAACCAGAACCAACCACAUGUUGUAACAAGGGCUGAUAGCAAGAAGAUGGGGCAGAUACUGUGCAAACAGAGAAGCAUCGCAAAGGCGGGUGACCAUGACAUUCAGAGUAGACUUCACACAGCGUCACUAAAGACAGGAACAUUUGACAGUAAUUGAAAGGAGACAGAAUUAAGGUGGAGUGAAGGGUUGAGUGCAUCAGAACUACUCUGGAUUUGCAGGCCAGUCACCAUCCACAGCAUGGUUGUUGUCUUUAACACACCUCUGCAGUAACCAAUAUUACCACCUGCAAGGAAACGGAGAGGACAGAGAAGUCAGGGCUUUCCUGACAUUGCAGAGCUCUGCACCCAGCCAAUGUGGAAUCCCUCCUGAGAUCAACCACAUACUGGGUCAAGAAGACCCCAGAGAAGCAUAAACCACUGGGAUCAAACACAGAGAAUACAUGGGUUAGAGAAAAAUGGACUAGAAAAAUUCUGAACUAUUUUCAGCUAAAUAACUGAAACUAUAUCAGAACUUGAAAGGUAUGGUUAGAGCAAUGCUUGAGGGAAAUUUACACUCUUAAGUACUUAUAGGAAGAUAUAAAAUCUCUAGACUUCCACUUUGGGCAAAGUAAGCAACUAAAAGGCAGGAAACGAAAAAGAUAAAAGUGAAUGUCAGCAAAAUAGAAAACAUUAAUAAUAGAAGCCAAUAAAACCAAAAGCUAGUUCUUUGACAAGAUCAACAAAAUUGAGUUUUAAAAAUGUAGCUAGAGUGACAAAGACAAAAAGAGAAGCCACAGUAAAUUACUAUGCUGUGUGGUUCCACUGAUAGGACAUGGGGUGCAAUCCGUGAUCACCAGGAUCCGUGUGAUUGCUAGCUUUCUGUCACUGUGAUAAAAUACCUGAGAAAAUAAAAGGGAAAUCUGAUGCUUG